UUGUGUAAGAUGUCACAAAUAUGGCCGCUCUUCAAUAAAACGCUUUGCCGCUUAAAACUAACGUAAAAUUGCAGCUUAUUGCACCCUUUUAGUAAAAAUUACGAUUGUCUAACGUUGCUAGUUUAAACGUUACUGUUCUAAAGCCUUUGAUAGUGAGACGUGUAUAGUAAAUAGUGCAUACAUGAAGAUGUGAAAUACAGAGUUCUCCAAAAAACUGUCAAAAACCGCCUAAAAAUGGCUGUAGGACAAACAAAACUGGUGCAAGUCACCAACAUUGCACCCCAAGCUACUAAAGACCAGAUGCAUGUGCUCUUUGGUUACCUCGGUAAGAUAGAAGAUAUCCGCCUUUAUCCUACAGUUAGAGAUGUCUCAAUUCCUGUUCAAUCUCGCAUUUGCUACAUUAAAUUUACCGAUCCCACUGUCGUCGGUAUUGCCCAGCAUAUGACUAACACAGUGUUCAUCGACCGAGCCCUUAUUGUAAUUCCUGUUCAGAGCGGAGAGAUCCCAGAUGAAUAUUAUGCAUUAGAAAUGACAAGAAAUGGCACAAUUGUUCCUGGCUUAAACGUAAAUGAACCUAAGCUACCCCAGCAUGUUGUGAACUCUGUCCAUGGCUCUGGAGCAGAUCAGGUAAUCUUAACCACAGAUUCUACCCUAGACACACACAAUUUGCCUAAUUACCCCCCUUUGCCGGCCACUUAUGAUAGUGCAAAAGUGGAAGAAACCAGACGCACCAUUCUAGUUCAGAAUAUCGAUUCUUCAGUGACAAAUGACCAGUGGAUAGAAUUUUUCACUAAAGCAGGGGAAGUAAAAUACUUGAGGACCUGCAAAAGAAUUUCGGAUAAUUCUCAGCAUUUGCUUGUCGAGUUUACAGACCAAUCAAGCAUCAUAAAGGCUCUUCAAAUGGAUGGAAUGGAAUUUCAUGGUCAACCUUUACAAAUCCAACAUGCAACUCAACCAAUAAAUAAACCACAGGCAAAGAGCAAUGAAGCAGCACAAAGAGAAAUUGAAGAAGCCAUGACUAGGUUUAAAGAAGCUCAAAACAUGAUUAAUGCCACAAUAGAACCUGUUAUAGGAAUGCUCACAAAAGACAAGAAAAGUUCAAGGAGAUCCAGGUCUCGCUCGAGGUCGAGGGGCAGAAGACGCAGGACAAGAUCCCGCUCCCGUAAAAGAUCACGAUCCAGACGUCGGAGCCGGAGCAGAAGAAGAUCAAGAUCCAGAAAACGGUCAAGAUCACGUAGAAGGCGCACAAGGUCAAAAUCAAAAAGACGUUCGGGAUCAAUAACGUCUCGACGCAGGAGCCGAUCCAAAUCCAGAAAACGUUCCAGAUCAAGAGAUAGAAAGUCAUCUAGGGGCAGAUCCAGAGACAAAAAGUCCAGAGACAGGUCAAAAGGGAGAAAAUCACGGGACCCGUCCAAAGACCGCCGAAAAUCGAAGGACCGCGAAAAAUCAAAGGAAAGAGACAAGUCUAAGGAUCGCGGCAAGAGUCGCGCCGAUUCCAAAACAAAAGAGAAGCCACGAGAAACAAAGGACAAGGAUCGUAAAAGUGAGAGCGUCGAUAUCGAGAAGAAACGUUCGAAAUCGAGAAGUCGCAGUCGCAAACGGUCAAAGUCCAGAGAAAAGAGACGGGAGAAACGUCGGUCGAGAUCGCGUGGCAGUCGGAGACGUACGCCGAGCCCCCGCAGCGUGAGAAGGCGCAGCAGGACCAGAAGCAAAGAUAGGGACAGCAAGAGAAAGGACAAAGAUAGAAAGGAAAGAAAAAGAACGAGAUCCAGAAGCAGAUCAAGGGACAGAGACAAGGAGAGAAAGAGAACUAGCAGAGCAAAAUCUAGAGGGAAAAGUAGGGACAGAUCUAGGGAGAAAUCGAGAUCUAGAUCCAAAGUUCCAAAAAGUAGAGCCGAGAGCAGAGCCAGUUCAGAGAAACCUGUAAGAGAUAUUAAGCAGGAGAGUAUUGAGGAUAAUGAAAAGGAUUCUGGGGAGAAGUCAGAUAACAUGGAUAUUUCUAAUUCACCAUAAAUGUUUUGUGUGUUUUGUAUUCAAUAGGUUUUCAAUGAUCAUAUUAGUCCUUUAUAUCAUAGCAAUUAAGAUCAGAACUAACUAUUAAAAUUUAUUAAAACCUA